AAAACUGGAGAAGAUGAAGGAGAGCAUUUCUUUCAGGAUUGUGGACUGCGUUUUAAAAAUCCUUCUGAUCCUGCUCUCCAUUUUAAAUACAGCUUCUGCACCUCCACCGCCCACCCUCAGGCAAUCGGAAGACGUAGCCUUGAUCCCAUCACCCAUCAUUAGGUUUCCAGGUGACGUUUCCCCCAAAACUGACAAAGAACUGGCAUUCCAAUACCUCAACAAGUAUUACGGAUGUCCCAAAGAUAAUUGCAACUUACUAGUCCUGAAGGACACUUUGGUGAAAAUGCAGAAGUUCUUUGGGCUUCCUCAGACUGGUGAACUGGACCAAAACACUAUAGAAACCAUGAAAAAGCCCAGGUGUGGCAACCCAGAUGUAGCCAAUUAUAAUUUCUUCCCCAGGAAACCAAAAUGGGAGAAAAACCUGGUCACAUAUAGAAUUUUAGGCUAUACCCCAGAUCUGGAUUCUGAAACGGUUGAUGAUGCGUUUGCCCGAGCCUUCAAAGUCUGGAGUGAUGUCACGCCUCUGGAAUUCUCCCGAAUUCAUGACGGAGAGGCAGAUAUCAUGAUCAACUUCGGACGAUGGGAGCAUGGUGAUGGGUAUCCUUUUGAUGGUAAGGAUGGUCUUCUGGCCCAUGCUUUUGCUCCUGGACCAGGGGUUGGAGGUGAUUCCCAUUUUGAUGACGAUGAACUUUGGACUCUGGGUGAAGGCCAAGUGGUCAGGGUGAAAUACGGCAAUGCAGAUGGAGAGUUUUGCAAAUUCCCCUUCCUGUUUAGUGAGAAGGAAUACAACAGCUGCACCGAUGCAGGGCGAAGUGAUGGAUUUCUGUGGUGUUCAACCACCUACAACUUUGAUACAGAUGGCAAAUAUGGAUUCUGCCCCCAUGAAUCUCUUUUCACCAUGGGUGGAAACUCCGAUGGGCAACCAUGCAAAUUCCCCUUCAUGUUUGAGGGAAGAUCCUUUGACAGCUGCACAACAGAAGGAAGGCAAGAUGGAUAUAGAUGGUGUGGCACUACUGAAGAUUAUGACCGGGACAAGAAAUUUGGAUUUUGUCCAGAGACAGCAAUGUCUACCGUUGGUGGGAACUCUGAAGGACAACCGUGUACUUUUCCUUUUAUAUUCCUUGGGAAUAAAUAUGAUUCUUGUACCACUUCGGGACGUCAAGACGGGAAGAUGUGGUGCUCUACAACUAGUAACUAUGAUGAAGAUCGCAAAUGGGGAUUUUGCCCAGAUCACGGCUACAGUCUUUUCUUGGUGGCUGCUCAUGAAUUUGGCCACGCAAUGGGACUGGAACAUUCUGAAGAUCCUGGCGCGCUCAUGGCCCCCAUUUACACCUAUACCAAGCACUUCCGUCUUUCUCAAGACGACAUUCAAGGAAUCCAGGAACUUUACGGGGGUUCUACUGAGGUUGGACCAGGCCCAAAGCCAACCCUUGGACCGGUCACGCCUGAACUUUGUGGCCAAGAUCUUGUCUUUGAUGCCGUGGCUCAGAUAAGGGGUGAAAUCUUUUUCUUCAAAGACAGAUUCUUCUGGAGAACAGCUAAUGAAAGGAGCCGGCCAACGGGACCUUUGCUUGUGGCUGUUUUUUGGACUGAUGUUCCAGAAAAAAUUGACGCUGUCUACGAAGCCCCUCAGGAAGAGAAAUCGGUAUUUUUUUCAGGAAAUGAAUACUGGGUUUAUACAGCCAGCACCUUGGAAAGAGGGUAUCCAAAGAGGCUUACCAAUCUUGGGCUGCCUCCAGAUGUUCAGCGUGUCAAUGCCGCAUUUAACUGGAGCAAAAACAAGAAGACUUACAUUUUUGCAGGGGACAAAUUUUGGCGAUACAACGAAGUAAAGAAGAAAAUGGAUCCUGGGUUUCCUAAAUUAAUUGCAGAUGCUUGGAACGGUGUCCCAGACAAUUUAGAUGCUGCCCUGGAAGUCAGCGGAAGUG